AUGUUAUUAAGGAGAUUUUAUAUUGACUUUAGUACUUAACAAUGCCUUUCAAUUUAAGGUUUUUAUUCUGUUACUAUUAAUACUAAUAAAUAUUCAAUAUUUUAUAAAGAAAAAUGCUUAGAGAUUUUUUAAAUUUCUUUAAAUUUAAGAGAGGGGAUUUGGAGACCUAAUUCUCUAUUAGAUUAUUUGUUUUUUUGUAUUAGAAAUAUCGAAAAUUUUAAUGAAGGUUGGACAGUAGAAAAUAAAAGUUAUCAGGAGGACAUAUUGGUGCAUAAUGUGAAGAAUGUAAUAUAUUUAAUAUUAGAGGAUUUUUAGGAUAGUUUAAAAGUUAAUCUAAUUCAGAUUGUUUUAUAUGUGAUGGAGUUUUAGAUAAUACAAUUUCUUUCAUCUUAAAUCAAAAUGGUAAAUAUAUUUAUUAUUUGA